CUUAUUUGAUCUAGUUCACAUUUCGAUCACAUUUUAUAUCAAAUAUGUACAACAAAAAUUCUUUCGUAUAUUCGAAAUUGCAAUUGCACUUCAACUAAAAGGCGUUCCAGCAAUUGGAAUCAGAUUCCCGCUGGUUAAUUGGACGCAUGAUGGACCCACAACCUUACCAUAUAGUGGUGUUCCUGCUGCUCUAUACAUUGAUGUUGGCCUCCUUUCUGCGGCCACAGAUGAACAUCGUUAUAGCCGUUGACUCGCAAUUCUUUAGUGCCAAUUAUGCUGCCGUGUUGGGUCUCACCUUUAGGCUCAAUCUGUUCAUGGUAGUGGCGGCUUUGCCAAUCAGCAUCUUGACUGUCAUUGCCCUGGCGAAGUGGAACGAGGCAACAAAUCACCCAACGGCCUCGCGCUCCUUUGUGUCGUUCGUGGUGGGCCUAUACGUGGCCUUGCUGCUCGCCAACUUCGCCGCCAAUGGCGUGGUAAUGCAGAACAUCCUCGGUAGGUUCCAGCAGCCCCCACUAGCAUCCUGGCUCAUGUACAGAGAUCUGCUUAUCUCCUUUAUGGAAUAUCUUGUGGCUAAUAUCCAGAGCGUCUUCACCCGUCAAUCGGUACGAAAGCCCGAGCUAGUGUACGUUCUACAUUAGUUGCAUUUGUUAACUUAUGUAUUACCUGCCUAAAUUCGUAUUUAUUGAUGUAUGAA